AAAUUUGACUCACUUGACAGAUAUUUUUUUACUCUCUACGAAAACUAGUUUGGAAUUAAAAGCAUUAAGAAAACGUCGCGAUAUUUAUCGAAGUGCUCUCAAGUUUAUAACCACAUUUACUGCUUAAAUAAUAAUAUUCAAUCAUGGGGAAAGGAUUCAACAAUUAUAUGUGCAAGAAGUUCUUCCAUCCUGCUUCACGUGAUAAUCUGAAAAGGGUAUGGAUGGCAGAGCAACAAGCAGACGCAUAUAAGAAAAAACAGGAGGAACUUCGGAACCAAUAUGAGAAGGAACAGGAAUUGCACGAUAACAAAGCAAUGCUAAGUAAGGAAAGCAAAGACAAGCUUAGCGUAAAUUUCAUGUACGAAUUGCCUCCGGGUAUGAAGAAGGAACGGGAAAAAGAACCAUCCGACGAAACCGAAUACAAAUUUGAAUGGCAGCGGAAGUAUAAUGCACCGCGAGAGAGCUACUGUAAAGGAGAUACCGAAAUUCGGGAUCAACCAUUUGGCAUCCAGGUACGCAACGUCCGUUGUAUCAAAUGUCACAAGUGGGGCCAUAUCAAUACCGAUAAAGAGUGCACAAUGUAUAGUUUAUCGAUGAGUGAAGCAAAAAAAAUCCAUUCUGAAUCGGAAGCAAACCAAAUUUUAUCGAAAAACGAUCUGGAGCAAGGCUUACGUGAGGAUGGACUUGCAAUGAAGAGAAGUGCCAAAGAAAUGGCAACAUCCCACAAGCUAAUCGAGGAACCAGGACUAGAUAAAAUCCACACAGAAACUGAUUUUCUGAAAUCACUUACUACAAAACAAAAGAAAAAAUUACUGAAAAAAUUGGAGAAAAUUGAAAAACGUCACAAAGCAGAGGUGAGGCAUAAAAAAAAGAAAAUGGGUUCAAAAAGCUCAAAAGACUCGUCAUCCGAAGAUGAUAGCAGAAUGUAUGGCUCACGAAGCAAAGCAAGAAGAUAUGAUCGAAAGUACAAUUCUGACCUAGACUCCGAAGAAGACAGCAGAAGCAGGAACCGAAAACGAUCUCGAUCUCCACAUACAAAACGUUAUAAAAGUGGUAGCAGUAAAAGUGACAGAAAUCGUCCUGAUAGCUUCCGAGACCGUAGAAGACACUGAAACCACAAUUUAUUAUUAAACUGAAAAAAAAUAUUGCUUUGAAAAUUGUUUAUUUCAAAAUUUAUCGAAUAAAACAUAUCAAUUACUGCUAUAUUAUGCUUGAAGAUAUGAUAUUGAAUAUCCAUCGGGAGCCGUUCGGUACAAGGGUUACAAAUCAACUGCGGAAUUUUCAAGGAUCUCUAUUUAGUUUCUUUCUGAAGCGUGCAAAAAACUCCUCUUCAUUUGGAUUUAAUCAAUUGCGUACUAAUAAGGACGAAGAGGAUCCGGUAGCCGGAAGAAUUUCAGUAGCAUGGUUACUUUCGCGAGGCUGAUUCUAGAAGUAAGAAAAUAUGAUAUUAUUGAGCGUUAGAUUUAGUUAUCAAUAGCCGACAACAUAACAAAUGGAUCAUAUGCUCAUUCACUCCAUUUUCAUUUCUCUGCCAUUUGCAUGACUAUCUGUUGAUUACUGUAACAAUCAAUCACUAGAGUCAAUGGAAAAUCGUGUAAAUUGCAUAUUUACCUCUCCUGGUGAAGUAAAUCAUAUAUUGCACAUACAUUAUAUACACAAGCGUAAAUAUUUCGAAAGCAUCGGUAUCCAAACAGAAAUUAAGUUAGCUGAAAAUUUUCUUGUUAACGUUGAAUUCAUAAUUAAAUGUGUAUAAAUUCGAACUCACAGUUAA